AUGGCGACCGGUCCCGCUACCCAAUCCCUGAAGUGUGUAGUCACUGGUGACGGUGCUGUUGGAAAAACGUGUCUCCUGAUCUCCUAUACAACCAACGCUUUCCCCGGGGAAUAUAUACCGACCGUAUUUGACAACUACACGGCCAGUGUGAUGGUAGAUGGCAGACCGAUUAGCCUAGGACUGUGGGAUACUGCUGGACAGGAAGAUUAUGAUCGACUUCGGCCGUUGUCCUAUCCGCAAACCGAUGUCUUUCUCAUCUGUUUCUCUAUCGUCAGCCCGCCAUCCUUCGACAACGUCAAAGCCAAGUGGUUCCCGGAGAUUGAACACCACGCCCCGAACGUCCCCAUUAUCCUGGUCGGCACAAAGCUCGAUCUGAGGGACGAUGCCGCGACGACAGAAGCCCUCCGUCAAAGGAAGAUGGAACCCGUUUCGUACGAGCAAGCUCUCGCCGUGGCCAAGGAAAUCCGUGCACAUAAGUAUCUCGAAUGUUCCGCCCUCACACAGCGCAACCUGAAGAGCGUGUUCGACGAGGCGAUUCGUGCUGUUCUCAAUCCCCGACCCACCACGAAGCCCAAGAAGAGCAAAUGUUCGAUUCUGUAG